AUGAAAAAUAGAUCUAUUAACUUUAACAAGGCAAGUGGCUUAAAUAAGGCCGCUGACAACGCAAAUGUUAUUGAGCUUGUAACUCUCAAGUUUGUGGGGAAAAAUCCUUCGUCAGGGACCGUACUGGAUGUCUGGAUUGCGGAUGAGCAGAAUGUUGGUUUUCUUGCGUGCGCUGACUUGUUCCCAGACAAAAUGAGGAAUCUGGAAGGCAGAGAAAUCAGAGUCACUACAAUCAACUAUUUGCCUUACGUUGUUCUUAUUCAUGACAACGAAACACCCGUUUAUGAUGGAGUAGAAUUCUUAGUGUUCAUGGAAUUCGCAAAUAAAAUUAAUGCUUCUUGGAAACUUGUCUUGGAUGAAGACAAUUUCUGGGGUACUGCUUGGCCCAACGGCAGUGGAAAUGGUAUUUUAGGUAAUAUAGCAGAAGACAGGGCGGACGUGGGGUUUGCAGCCCUGUAUUCUUGGCACUCAACUUUCCUCUGGACAGACUACACGGUAUCUUGUUUAACCGCCGGCGUGACGUGCCUGGUCCCCAAACCCAAGAUGUUACCGACGUGGAUGUCACUAUGGUUACCAUUCUCUCCUGCUAUGUGGACUGCCAUAGUUGUGUCCAUUGUUGUCAUAACACUGGCUUUAUACAUGCUCGCUAAAGCUUCAAGCAGGCAUUUCGGGACAUUUACUCUGGAAUCCUACGCCACGUGGAUCAACUGCUUCUUGACUACACUGGGGAUGUUUGUUCUUCAGCCUCCAGUAGAUGCUGAAGCGGCCGGUUAUGGUCCAAUGAGGGUCUUUGUUACCAGCUUGUUAGUCUUCUUUCUCCUUGUUUCGACGGUGUAUAGCGGAGGCCUUGCUUCAAUUCUAACUGUGCCCAGAUAUGAGCAUCCGAUAGAUACAGUGAAGGACCUGGCAGACAGUAACCUUCCGUGGGUUAAUGUUCAUGAGGCUUGGGUGUGGUCCCUCCUAGACUCUGAAGACCCUGUCUCGAAGACGCUAGUUCAACACUUCCAUGUCCUUACUGAGGAGGAGAUGACAGCACUGUCGACUCAAGGAAAAACAGCAUUUUCCCUUGAGAAACUCGCCGGCGAUCACUAUUCUGUACCAAUUCACAUAAACGAGACAGCUGUCCACACAUUGCGGAUUAUGAAUGAGAUGCUGUAUGGCGGUCAUGUUGUAACCAUCAUCAGAAAAUCAUCCCCAUACAAGGAAUACUUCAACCAAAUCAUCAGCAGCCUGUACGAGACAGGCAUAGUGCACUACUGGGAGGGGCAAACCAUUCAAAGAUACAUGUCACAGCGCCUCCAGAUCGCCAUCAAACAGAGUGUUGUCCUUGACACCCAAGAUGGACCCAUACAACUUACGCUGAUUGAGGUGGAAAAUUUAAGGGAAUUGUUCACUAACCACGAACUGCAUCUUAAUGGAAAAGGUAAGGAGAGUCUUGCUAAUAAGAUUGUGAAGGCAACAAAGGACAUAUAUGUGAAGGGGUCAACACCAAUUGAGAGGAAAUGGAAGGAAGAAAUAAUGGGAUCCAGUGAUGAGGAUGAUGAUUUAGUGGAUGACCAGAAUGCGCCUAACCAGGAAGCCCAGGAUGGUGAUGGACAUGUAAAUGAAGAGCAGGUUACGGAAAUUUUGAAGUGUGAUAAACAGAUAGAAACCCAAGUAAAAUGA